CCGCGCUCGGGACCUAUAUAACUGUACCAGCUGUCUGGGUCAGGGGGCGGGCCGCUACGUUUGUAGUAUACUCCGUAUAUCGGACAGGUGUACCCUAUUCCGACUCUUCGAGUUCUCGCGUGCACCUCCGAGACCGGCGACCGCACACUGUCCCGCGUACGUCUCUUUCUCUAGCUGUCGCGAGUGGGCAUCGUGGAGUAUCGCAUCAUCACGAGCGUUCGCAUUCGCGCUCGGACCGUGUGGAAUCAAGCCCGAUCGUGCGUCGGGAUCUCUAACGUCCGACAGCGAUUUCGAUCGAUGUAGCGAUUCGAGAGAAUCUUUUAAUUCUACGUUCAUCCGACAUCCAAAGGAGAAUCGAGCACGUUGGCGAUUACUUGCAUCUGGAUUCGCUUGGGUAUCGGCUCAAAAAAUGAUACAAGUAAUUUUCCACCGUGGAUACCAACGCAGUAUGCAGUUACACAUUUGUAUCCUAGCCUGUCUUCUAAUGAAGGGGCUGGCUCGAGCCGAAGAAGUUGAAGUUGUGGAAGCGAUUUCGGGAGAAGAUAAUCGAAACGAAAAUUCAGCUCUAAAUCGUCAGGAUAAUGAAAUAAUUAAUUCUGAUCAAUUAGCAUUGGAUUCCAUAGUGGAUAAGGAUUCGGGAGGAAACCAUUACAAAUCGGGUGGCCUUCGAGGUCAUCCUCUGCUACCACCAGGUCGAGGUGCGUUAAGUUUGCCGCGCCCGCAUCAUAACGUCGCCUAUCAUGGCCCACCACCGCCGUUACCGCCUUCUAAAGCGCAAUCAGAAGCUCUGGAUAAGAUUUAUACUACUGGUGGUGGUGUUAGCACAGCGGUUGGCGUCGAACCUUGGCCAGCGCCAACGCCUGAUAUGCCAAAGAUAGUAUCAUUGGACGUGAAAUGCGAAAAAAGUUUAAUGAAGGUUUAUUUAGGAUUUGAUAAGCCCUUCUACGGUAUAGUCUUUAGUAAAGGUCACUACAGCAAUAAUAAUUGCAUACAUCUACCUGCGGGACUUGGUCGCACGUCUGUUAACUUCGAAAUCAGUAUACAUGCUUGCGGUACGGCAGGAAAUACGGAAAAUGGAUUGUACGGUUACGGCGCAGAGUCCGGAUCCGGGACUUUCUUCGAAAAUAUCAUAGUAGUGCAGUAUGAUUCUCAGGUACAAGAGGUCUGGGAUCAAGCGCGUAAACUUCGCUGCACUUGGCACGAUCUAUAUGAGAAAUCGGUUACUUUCCGUCCAUUUCCCGUGGACAUGCUGGAUGUGGUCCGUGCGGAUUUUGCCGGUGAUAACGUCGGAUGCUGGAUGCAGAUACAGGUUGGUAAGGGACCGUGGGCUUCUGAGGUUUCGGGAUUGGUCAAGAUUGGUCAGACUAUGACGAUGGUACUCGCGAUCAAGGAUGACGACUCCAAGUUUGACAUGCUCGUGAGAAAUUGUAUGGCCCACGAUGGCAAACGCGCACCGAUACAACUAGUGGAUCAGCGAGGCUGCAUUACACGGCCGAAAUUAAUGUCCAGAUUCACGAAAAUAAAAAAUUUUGGUGCUUCGGCGUCAGUAUUGUCAUACGCCCAUUUCCAAGCUUUCAAGUUUCCAGACUCUAUGGAGGUUCAUUUUCAGUGUACCAUACAGAUUUGUCGAUACCAAUGUCCAGAACAGUGUUCGGAAUCGUCGCCACUUUUGGAAAGUCAGGGUCUUCUAGAAAAUCACCACCAUCACUCCCCAACAAAUGGACAUCCUGAUGUUGGAUACGGUCUUCCACCUCCAAUCCCACUGCCAUUGGAGGCCUAUUUACAAGCAGCAGCUGGACGUCCCCGAGACGAAAGGAGAAGGAAAUCUCGAGAGAUCGUGUACAACCCACAAAAAGCUGUAGGUGUGAAACGAAUUAUCCGAGUUGUCUCGACCGGUGAUCUGACCUUCUCCAUUGACGAGAGCAACAACGGCGAGUUGAAUGGACCAACGAUGGUAUUUCCGCAAAAUCACGAGAACACGUCCAAUUCGACCAUGAUCUGCAUGACUACUCCUGGAUUCGCGAUUACUCUUAUUGUACUACUCGCCGUUCUACUUUUCUCAUGUAUAUUAUCCAUUUACCUUUUUAUGCGUCUUAGGCCUUUCUCGGCAAGGGCCCAAAAGUCUACGACGUUUUGUAACGUUGAACAGAAUGGCGGGACAAAAAAACCUUUAAAAAUGUGCUUCUUUUCAUAGAAAUGCCUGUUGUGUAUCAUUCCGAGUUUCAAUAUGGGUAAUUCCCGAUUAUUUGAGCUGGAAGAGGAAUUUCAUAGUCCUUGAAUUUCACCAUUGAAUUUCAUAGUCCCUUUUUUCGAAACCAGUUUACAUGGUUUCCCGCGAUAUGGUUGUAAUAUUGUUGGAGGUCAGUAUUUUCGUAGGACAAAUGUAGUCAUAUAAAGAAAACAGAAUUAGUUCUGACUGCAAAAUAGUUCGCCAAACCUAUAAAUUAGUGCUAAACAGGUGGAAGUCGUCUGUACUAUUACAAAUACUUUGGAUUAUUAAUUGACAAUACUUUUUUUAUGAGUACAAGUACUUAUGUGUAUCCAGAAUUUUAAGCAGAUUGAGUAUACGGCGAAAUAGAUUUUUAGAAGACUAGGGAAACUUUAUGUAAAAACUGGUUCUUGAAAUUCCGAAUCUUCAGGUUUCGUAGAGGCUAUCGAGUGUCGCAAGCAUGACUUUAUAUAAACGUUUUUCUAACGUGGUAACGACAGAGAUAGUAUUAUACGAUAAUGUCGCAACUCAUAUUAUUGUUCAUUACGUAUUACGAUCUCCAUAGAGUUGUGCUUCGUCAUAAUGAAACUUAAUGAAGCUCAGGCCUUUUUUAGGCAAAAACAGGCUAUACGCCGAAAAUUUAGUCAAAGAUAAUCAAACCUGUUUCUGCGUCUAUUUAUUUAUCUUCGUAUUUAGUUUUUUAUCUUGGUAUUUGGGAUUUUUGUAUAACAAUGGUUGCUCAACGCGCGACUAGAUAAUAAUAAAGUUGAAAUUUCAAAAUAUUCUACAAUAUAGAAAUAUUAAGCAAUGAUAAUUAUGUUACUGCUAAUAAUAUUUAUAUUUAUUAUUUAUCUACCUAAAUUUUCUAAAGAUAGAUAAAAUUUUAUAUAAAAUUUUAUAUGAGAUAUACAAAUAAAAUAAAAUUACAAAAUGUCAAAGUAUGUAUAAUUUCAUUUCACUCGAAAAGUAAUUAAUAAUAAAGAUUAACAAACAUCGUUACACCAAAAUGAUAAGCUCUCAAUUAUGUACAUGGAAAGAACAAUUUUGCUGAAAUACAGAUCAGAAAAUAAUUAUGUUCAACUAUUACAAAAUUUAUAU